UUAUAAGAAUUGCUUAUCAGACCUAAAUAUAUUGAUUAAAAUAUGAUUUAUUUAUUCGCUCCAGUUAAUGAACCGACGAAAUUAAUUAUACUAGAAGAUGCAUUACGUACUAUAAUGUCGAAGACAUGUAUUAAGUUCGUGCGCAUUCACGAAUAUAUGAGACUCCCAGCAAAUAAUUGGGUCAAUAUCACGGGUCACCAAAGGGGUUGUUUCUCCGAUUUAGGACGUAAUCCGAAUGGACCUACUAUUCUAAAUCUAAACGUGGACGUGUGCUUUUUUGGACCUGGACACGCAUUGCACGAAGUGUUGCAUUCCUUAGGUGUAUAUCACGAGCAUAUGAGACCAGAUCGCGACAAGUACAUCACUGUAAUAUGGCAAAACAUAAAAAAGGGAAAUGACUUUAAUUUUGAGUUAUUAAAUAAUAAUGUUGUAACCUCUUAUGGAUUACCGUACGACUAUGACAGCAUAAUGCACUAUUCUAUGACGGCAUUUUCUAUUAAUAGAUCGCUUCCUACGAUAAUACCUACGAGAUCUGAUGUGGAAAUUGGCCAAAGAAAUCACAUGUCAUAUUAUGAUAUACAAAAAGUACUAAUUGCUUAUAAUUGCCAUCAGUACCAUAAUGAAAAAUAUUAAGAAACCUAACUUGAAGAAGCCAAAGAAAUUUCCUGAAAAAAUUAACUUCCGCAAAACAUUACCGGAACAAAAUACAGUCAUUAAAACAGAAGCGGAAGCACGAAUGCCAAACAUCAUUCUAAAUAACCCGAUAUUAAAUAAAUUAGAUAAUAAAAGUGAUGAUUUAGAAAAACCAAUGAAUAGAUUUAAUCAAACAGCUUUAUUAAAAUCUAUGUACUCUAUUGAGUCAAAUUAUUAUGUGUCUCUGAGCCCAGUAUAUAUAAAUCUUCAUUUUUAUUUGUAUAAGAAAAAUGAAUAAUAAAAUAUAUAUAGAAA